AUGAAGAACGAGCGCAGCGGCAUCCUGCUGGACCUGUACUUCAACUGCCUAGCAUACGCGAGCACCUGCGGGUUUACCACGGAGAAGACGUCCACGUUCCUCGCCAUCGUGAAAGCGGUGCACGUCAAAGCCGUGAGCGAGACGCAGACGAUCGCGAACAGCUUCGGCUUUUUCAAGCUCCUCGCCACGCAGAGCAGCGUCCAGCGACCGCCGUACAGCCUCGGGAUCUUCUCGUUCGCGGAGAUGAAGGAGAUGUCCGAGUACAUGCUCAGCACGUACUACCGUCACUACAAAAUCUAUCAGUACGCGUUCACGACUUUGGUCAGGAUGGACGUGCAGCACGUCGAGCCGCUCUUCGAAACGUCCGUCGCGUUCGAGCCGCUCGGGUUCGCGAUGACGGAGGAGGAGUACGACGCGAAACAGGAAGAGAUCGCGCGUCUCGCGGCGGAGGCGAAGGUGAAGGAGGAAGAGGAGGCGGCGGCGUUGGAGGAGGAGGAGAGAGAGGCGCGGUUGAAGGCGGAGUACGAAGCCGCGAUGCCGGAGGAGGUGACGACCAAGGUGGCGGAGGUUCUCGCCGCCAAGAGCAAACGCUCUUGGCGAAAAUAG